AUGUUUGUCGACGAUGCCGCCGGCACGCACUUCGACUUCGAAGACACGCUGCCCAAGGAGCAGCCCCGCGCGGAGAAGAAGCUCGAAAUCUGUCAGGACUUCCAGCGCGGCCGCUGCCGUCUCGGCGACGCCUGCCCGCAGCGCCACAUCAUCUCCGCCUACCGCACCGUCCAGACAAAGGUGUGCAAGCACUGGCUGCGUGGCGCCUGCGUGAAUGGAGACAACUGCCUUUACCUUCACGCGUACGACAACCGCUAUGUCCCGCAGUGCGCCUUCUUUGAGCGUGUGGGCGAGUGCACCAACCCGGAGUGCCCUUUCCUGCACACGAAGCCGAACGAGUCACAGCCGGAGUGCGCCGCGUACCGCCGCGGCUUCUGCCCGCUGGGGCCUAAGUGCCGCCUCCGACAUGUGAAGCGGGAGUCGGCGUGCCCAUACUACCUUGCCGGCUUCUGCCCGCUAGGCCCACGCUGUCCGCUAGGGCACCCCAUCCAAGAGCGCUACGACCGCGAUGCCGUGUCGAAGCGCAUCCUGGCCAAGAUGAUUGUGGAGCGCGCCGAUGACCCAACCUUCAACCGCAGCGCAACAUGCUACCGGGCCGGCUGUUUUGACCCCGGCCAUCUCGCUCCGGACUGUCCAGGUCCGCAGCACAGCGUUUUGCACAAAGCUCUAGGCGAGAUUCAAGAGCCGGGCCAACCCACUGGCGGAUUGGAGAACAGCGGGCACGGCGGUGGUGGUGGCGGCUCCCAUCGCCGCUGCUUCUUGUGUGAUCAGGAGGGCCACACGGUGAAAGACUGUCCAAUGAACACGCACCGUACUCAGCACCGCGCCGGGGGCGGUGGCGGCCCUGGCGCCCCACACGGCAGUGGCGGCGGAGCUGGAGUGGGUAACCGACGACGCUUGCGGCGAGAGGGCGUCGCCGGUGGUGGUGGCGGCGGCGGUAGUGCUGGUGCUGGUGCUGGUGCUGGUGGUGGUUUCGGUGGCGGAGGCGGUCGGCGACGCCCCGGUCGCGAUCACUAUUAG